AUGAUAUGUGGUGGGGUCAAGACUUGGGAGAUAGACGUCUUUAUCGUAUUCUUCGCGCAAGCGGCUGUUGUUACCUUGGAGACGGUGAUCAUUUCCCUCGGACGAUGGCUAGCUAUUCCCGAACACGAAGCUUGGUCGUACGUUGGAUACAUCUGGGUUGCGGGGUGCGAUGGUAUUGACCCAGCCGUUGGUGCGCUUCGCCUUCAGGGAAGGUCUUAUCUUGCCUACUUUGGGAUGCGCGAAUACACAUUGGGUAUCGCCGAGAAAGGGGUGGACUGCGCGCUGAUGAUGGGGGAAGGGAAGAAAGAAUGGUUUGGAGAGGGUUGCUGGAAAUGCGCGCCUCAUAUAUUCGUCGAGGUGGCCGGUUUGGGUGAUCGGGAUAUACGUCAUUCCGUCGUCGUCGCCCCGUAUGACGUCUGUCUUUCAGCCCCUCGAUCGGACCGAUCGAACCAGCGCGAUCACUAG